CAGGCCUUGUGUCCUUGACUUUCAGGAUUACAUCUCUGCCUUGAAGACAACAGCAGUAUUCAUCGCUCAUUUGGUGCAAAAGAGGUCCAGACCUCACACAAAUUCAUGGGGACGACACUGACCAUCACCCUGACUCUUCUGAUAACUCUUUGCUUGAAUAUCAAUGGCUGCAAUACUCAAAAAGUCAUAAAUCGUUCGGAUCCCAAAGGUGGACGCUGCGCCUACACCUUCAUAGUACCUCAGCAGAAGAUGACGGGAGCUCUCUGCGUGAACACGGCUUCGGCAAACCAGUCCGAAGUGCAGGCGCUGAGGGCAGAGCUAAAGAGACAACAGGAGCAGAUGGACAGACUGAGGGGUCAGCUGGAACAGGAGGGGGUGCUAGUGAUGGAGGUACGGGCCCUACGCAAAGAGAGCAAUAACAUGAACUCUCGCAUCGCUCAGCUCUAUGCCCAGCUACUGAACGAAGUCAUCACCAAAAAAGACCAGAUUUUGGAGCAGAAAAGGGUGGAGAGUUUGUUGCUGAAUGCCACAGCUCAGGCAUUGCAGGUGUCUAAUAAUUACAGAGAGCUUGAAAAGAAAUAUGGCACCCUUACAUCCAUGAUGAGCACCCAAAAUCAAUUUAUCUCACGCCUUGAAAAGCAGUGCCAGUGCAAAAACUCACCUCACACCACUGUGUCUGUGCAGGUCGCGACUGAACCACCCAAACCUCCUAAUCCGAGUGUGUAUCAUAAUUACAGUUCAGACGCAAACGAAAUGACCAAUGAUGUUCAAAGAGACCAAAGUCUUCCUGCAGCACAACAGCAGGAAAACAGCAUGUUAGUGGGACCCCUCCCCACCACUGCCGCUGACGCACUCACAGAGCCUCCCUUCAUUAGCUUCCCUGUUACAAAGACACCAGGGCCGUGGCGGGACUGUCAGCAUGUCCUGGACUCGGGGGAGGUCACCAGUGGGAUUUACUUGCUGCGUCCUCAGGGCACAAACCGCCUCCUCCAGGCCUGGUGUGAGCAGAGCCGCAGUCAGGGGGGAUGGACCGUCAUCCAGAGGAGACAAGAUGGAUCCGUCAACUUCUUUAGGACAUGGGAACAAUAUAAGCAAGGCUUUGGAAACCUAGACGGAGAGUACUGGCUUGGUCUGGAGCACCUGUACUGGCUGACCAAACAGAGCCAGUACAAGCUGCGUGUGUCUCUGGAGGACUGGCAGGGGCGACAGGUGUUUGCGGAGUAUAACAGCUUCCACCUGGAGCCAGAGACAGACUGGUAUCGCCUGCGUUUGGGCCACUACCACGGGACGGCCGGGGACUCCCUCUCCUGGCACAAUAACAAGGCCUUCACCACUCUGGACCGGGACAAGGACAGCUAUUCAGGUAACUGUGCUCACUUCCAGAAGGGCGGCUGGUGGUACCACAUGUGUGCCCACUCAAACCUGAAUGGCGUGUGGUAUCGGGGCGGUCACUACCGCAGCCGCUACCAGGACGGUGUCUACUGGGCCGAGUUCCAUGGAGGUUCCUACUCUCUAAAACGUGUUUCUAUGAUGGUUAAACCCAUUUAACAAGCAGAAAGAAGUGGGUAGACCUCACAAGUUGUGCAAUGCAAUAAAAUCUAAGGCU